AUGGCUUCGAAUCCGAGUUGGAAGCUUAUUUUUGUUGCAAUUCUAGUGUUGGAGAUGUGGGCAUCUAAAGCCACAGCUCGUUCAUUGCAAGACGCAUCCAUGGUUGAAAAACACGAGCAAUGGAUGGCACGAUAUGGACGCCAGUAUAAGGAUAGUGCAGAGAAGGCUAUGCGAUACAAAAUAUUCAAGGAGAACGUGGAGUACAUCGAGACUUUUAAUGAAGCAGGGACUCGGUCUUAUCAGCUUGGCAUCAAUCAAUUUGCUGAUCUGACAAACAAGGAGUUUCAGUCAUCUCGGAAUGGAUACAAAAUUUCAUCUUUCCUAAAGUCACCUAAAGCGUCGUCAUUUAGGUAUGAAAAUAUGACCGCGGUUCCAUCGAGCAUGGACUGGAGAAAGAAGGGAGCUGUUACUGGUGUUAAGGACCAAGGCCAAUGUGGAUGUUGCUGGGCAUUCUCAGCUGUUGCAGCCACGGAAGGAAUCAACCAACUUUCGACAGGAAAAUUGAUUUCAUUAUCUGAACAAGAACUUGUGGAUUGCGACACAAGUGAAGAUAUGGGCUGCAAUGGAGGUCUAAUGGAUAAUGCGUUUGAGUUCAUCAUCAAAAACCAUGGACUUACAACUGAAUCUAAUUACCCAUACGCCGGGACAGACAACACUUGCAACGGUAAGAAGGAAUCCUCCCAUGCUGCCAAGAUUACAGGAUACGAGGAUGUUCCGGCCAAUAGCGAGUCAGCAUUGCUUAAAUCGGUGGCUAAACAACCAGUAUCUGUUGCCAUUGAUGCUAGUGGAUCCGACUUCCAGUUCUAUAAGAGUGGAGUUUUCACUGGAGAAUGUGGGACUGAUCUAGACCAUGGCGUUACUGCAGUCGGUUAUGGGACAGCUAGCGACGGUACUAAGUAUUGGUUAGUUAAGAAUUCUUGGGGAACAAGUUGGGGUGAGAAUGGAUACAUUAGAAUGCAGAGGGACAUUGAUGCUGAGGAAGGACUCUGUGGCAUUGCGAUGCAAGCUUCAUAUCCAACUUCUUAA